AUGGAUAAAGCUGCCGUCGUUGUUCGUACCAGAAAGGUCUUAACCAACCGUCUCCUCUCAAGAAAGCAAUUCGUUGUCGAAGUUGUUCACCCAGGUAAAGCCAACGUCUCCAAAAAAGACUUAAAAACCACCAUUGCUAAACUCCACAAAGUUGCUGACCCAGAAACCAUCUUCCUCUUUGGUUUCAAGACUGACUUCGGUGGUGGUAAAUCAACUGGUUUCGGUUUAAUCUAUGACAACUUAGAAAUUGCCAAGAAAUACGAACCAAAAUACCGUCUUGCACGUGCUGGUUUAUACACUAAACCACAAACCUCAAGAAAACAAAGAAAGGAAAAGAAGAACCGUUUAAAGAAAGCUGGCAAGAAAACCGCCAAAAAAUAA